CAGGGUAUGACUGUCAAGACAACGAAGCAAUACCUCGAAGUUUAGGCACCGUUUAGUCAUCAAAACAAACUGUAAAUAAAAGGCGAACCUGCUAACUGGUUGUUUCUAAAAGUGUUUAAAGGACUUUGAUGAACAUUUUGUUGGGAGUGUGCUGGAAUCAAAGCAGCAGAUGAACUUUAAGCCAUAAAACCAUCCUCUCAAGCCAUCCCUGUCAACGGUAAUCCCAACCGUUUUGAGAAUCGACACGAAAUCCUGUGAACCAGAGACAGUUUCCCUCCACAGACAAAUGUGUAGGUUCUGUCCUAAAGAAAGCUCCAGGGGAGAGGAGGAGACGGACGUAUUUUGUUCGUGAGAGGCUGAAAAGACAAGCCGACGGCAGACAACGGGUUCCUGAAUGCUUCCUGAACCCCGGAGAGACAGCCGCCGUCCUGCUGUCAGCUGAACAAAGGCAGACCGCCGGUGGAAGCGGCUCAGUCUCAGCCUGAGCAGAUCAUUGAUUGUCACUUUGACUCAGUGCUCUGCUUGCCUGUUCGAAACACACUCAGCGUGCACCUGGAGGGAAAAACACUGACAUUUACCUCCAGAAGAAAGACAUAAAGGAACUUAAAGAAGCCACUGAGGAGGUUGCCCCCAACACGACUCCUUCUCAGUCAUCAGGCUGACCGACGCAGCCAUGGCAUUCACCUUCGCGGCCUUCUGCUACAUGCUCACCUUGGUUCUGUGUGCUGGCCUCAUCUUCUUUGUCAUCUGGCAGAUCAUUGCAUUUGAUGAACUCCGCACAGACUUCAAAAACCCCAUUGAUCAGAGCAAUCCCACCAGAGCGAGAGAGAGGAUUCUGAACAUCGAGCGGAUCUGCAACCUGCUUCGCAGAUUGGUGGUACCAGAGUACUCCAUACACGGGCUCUUCUGCUUGAUGUUCAUGUGUGCCGGAGAAUGGGUCACUCUUGGCCUAAAUAUCCCACUGCUCUUCUACCAUCUGUGGAGGUUUUUUCAUCGGCCAGCUGAUGGAUCAGAGGUUAUGUAUGAUCCUGUCAGCGUGAUGAAUGCAGACAUCCUCAACUACUGUCAGAAGGAGUCCUGGUGUAAACUGGGCUUUUAUUUGCUCUCUUUCUUCUAUUACCUGUACAGUAUGGUCUACACCCUGGUCACGUUCUAAAAAUGAAGUGGUCUGAAGAUAAAACAGGAAGGAACUACGAGAUGUGCAAAACAAAUGGAGACAAACUCUUCCUCUUUCUGUGUUUCCUGGCUUUUGGCUACUGAACGUCCAAUUUUGCACACAUGAAAAGACCAAUCUGAGUGAGUGUGAGUGUUGCCCAGGAUAUAUUUUAGAGCUUCAUCCCAGAUUUGGCUGUCGGACAGCUGAUAAAAAUGU